AAAAACUGCUUUUUCCUACCAAAAUUCAAUCAUAGCUUCACCUUCCUCUUCCUCCACAAGCACUUUUACAAAUCCGCAAAUCACGGUCAAAAUCAUCACCAUGAUUACCAUCACCGUGUGUCCGAUCUCACCUACACUCACUCAAAAUCCCCCUAUCUCAACAAAUCAACUUUGACCUUCUACGUCAACCUCCAGUCACAUCUAGCCACGUCAUUGAAAUACUUUCUUCUUCUACCAUGGAAUCACCACCCAAAAAAGCGGAAAAGCGCUGUGUUGGUUACUCACUGAGCGGAGUGUGGACCAGAGUUGUCUCGCUCUUUUGUGGUCCGAGUUGGUGAGUCGGACCACAAAAGCCAUCAUCACACACAAACUCUGAAAUUGCAUUCUCAUCAUGGCUUUCUCUUUUGACCCUUUAAAGCCCUUCUUCCGCUUUUGCAUUCCACCAUCACUCAACCUUCAACUUUGCAUUUUCUGCAAUGGCGGAUACUUCGGAUUCUGUCGCUGAACCGAUACCCGGAACUCCAGGAAUCCGGGAAGUUAGGUCCGAUAUUGGGCCCGAGAGUGUCGGGCCUUCCUCCCAACAGAAUGGCGCUAACCAGGGGGCGAGGAAGGUGGGUUUGAGAGCAGAGAUUGACACGUCCCCGCCGUUCGGGUCAGUCAGGGAGGCUGUGACCCGGUUUGGAGGAAGCGGCUCCUGGAUUCCUUAUUUCAGGCAGGGCUUUGAGGAGAUUGACAUAAAGAAAGUUGAGGAACAGGCAGCAGAAUUGGAGAAGGAUCUUAUUAGGAAAGAAUUGGAAACGCUCGAUGUUCUUGAAGAACUCGGAAUGACGAAAAGAAUUGUUGAAGAGUUAAAGCUGCAGCUACAGAAAGAAGCACUGAGAUGUAUGACAAUCCCAGAUGAGCAGAUGUCAAGUCCUGCUAUCAAAGAAAUGAACAAGGAAAAUUGUAGCUUUCAGGUCAACCACCGAGAACUGAGGAUGGGAAGUUUGAGCUCUUGCCCUACGUCGUCCCCUGACUUAAUCUUAAUGGAAUUGAAGCAAGCAAAAAUGAACCUUGGUAAAACUAUUAAUGACCUUGGAGUGAUUCAAACUUCAGUCGAUUCUUUGAAUAAGAAAAUGAGGAAAGAGAAAACCUUUCUUCAGAAAACCCGCAAGAGGAUAACGUCAAAAUUUGCAGGGGUGCUGUCUCUGGAGGAGGAGCUAAAGCAAGCAAGAGUGAAACCACAUAUUGCAGACAAUGUGGUAACUGAUUACAAGGCAGAGCAGUUGAAGAAAAUGACUGAAGCUGAAAAGUCAGAAGUUUCAAGAGCAAUUUUAGUGAAUGAACAAACCAAGACAAAUUUAACGAUUGCUGAAUUGAAGUUGCUUGCAGCCAAAAAAAUGGAGGAAGCAGCAAGGGCAGCAGAAGCUGUUGCCUUAGCUGAAAUCAAGGCUCUAUCAAGCAAUGAGACCUCAUCAGGAUUUGUACUGCCAGAGCCUGAGAAAGUAGCCUCAUUUGAGGUACGGACACCACUGAUGGCUAAAGCUCAAAACAGAGUAGAUGUUGCCAAGCUCCACAAGCCUGAAGUUAAUAUCACUAAAUUGUCUAUUCUAAGGAAAUUGAUGGACGCAACAGAGGAAGUCAAACAAAGUAAACAAGCCCUAGAAGAAGCUCUAAACAAAGUCGAAAUGGCAAAUAGAAAGCAAUUUGCUGCUGAAGAAGCUAUUCGCAAAUGGAUGCCAGAGAAUGAUCAGAUGGGACGGGCAGCAUAUUAUGCAACUAGGUUUGGUAAUUUCCAUUUGCAUCAACCGGACGACCCUCAAGAUUCCCCACUAAAUGCAGUGAGGGAUUCCAAUGUAGCUAAUGAUGAUCCAAAACCUGUUUUAAGAUCAACAGUUUCAAUACAGGAUGCACUCAGCAGGAAGCAAGUUCUACCAGAAGAAUAUGUAAUGGCAAGGCCGACAGAAGGCCGUGAAGAAAGGAAGAAAGUGGCUUUGAGUCAAAUGCUUCAUGAACUGAGAGAGGAUUUAACAUUUCAUCCAACAGCUGAGAAGGAUGGAGGUGAUCAAAAGCAGUUCUUCGGCCAAAGGAGAAAGUUUGGGUUCAUUCACAUAUCAUUGCCUAUGACAAAACCAAGUAAGAAAAAGACACGAGAUUUCAAUAAUGUAAUGCAUUAGACAGAAGAAUGUUUUGUGAUUGUGCAGUGAAAUUUUCUUUCCUUUAUUGCCUUUGUAUUGGUGUUGAGUUAUGGUUAUAGCUUGCCCAUGUUGUUUGUGUCCUUUGUGGUUUUGUUUAGAUACUCUUUCCUUGUGAAGAUGUAUUGUGUGUGGUUCUUCUAUAUCCAUAGCCUGUACUUAGCCCUUGGUAUGAGCUGUGGUCUACUAUAAUUUGCCCAUGAUUGAAUUGGAAAUGUGGUAGCUUUUCACUCUCUUA